AACUCAAUGGAAGAAUGUGUGGGACUGUUUUAUCACAUGGAACCAGUUGUCAGCCGCAAUGGGUGUUAUCAGUGAGGCCUGGAUCAGGGUUGGGUGUGGAGGAGAGGCCUCCAUUCUCUCUGCUUACUCCUUCCUUUCCCCCACCUCAACCAGCCCUGGAAUGGAACAGGCAACCCCAAGAUGACAGCCAACGUUUCCCCAGCAACCGAGACGGCACAAUGUCCCGCAAAGGUUGCAUCGCUGUCACAAAGUACUUCCUUUUCCUCUUCAAUUUCUUCUUCUUUCUCCUCGGGGGACUUCUGUUUAGCUUUGGCUUAUGGCUACUUUUUGACCGGGACAGUUUUGCGGCUGUUUUAGGGUCGGCGUAUUAUGCCCUCAAGAUCUGGUCCUAUAUUUUCUGUGGGGUCGGCAUCCUCACCAUGUGGAUGGGAUUCCUCGGAUGCCUGGGUUCCCUCAAGGAAAUCAAGUGUAUGCUAGGAUGUUACUUCGCCUUCCUGCUCCUUCUCUUCCUGGCUCAGAUCAUCAUUGGAAUCUUGGUAUAUUCUCAGAGCAAAACGCUCAACACAAAGGUUGGUGUCUAUGUCACAGAAAUAAUUGAGAACUAUGGGACAUAUAAUCCGUCCACGGAUGAGGAGGAGAGCUGGGAUUAUGUGCAGAUGCAGCUCCAGUGUUGCGGAUGGACCAUCUCCAAUGACUGGAUGGAGAACAGCAUAAUAAAGAACUCCUCUUACCGCCUCUAUCCCUGCUCGUGCCGCGGCAAUGUCUCUCAGCCUGAGCUAGGGAACAGCACCACCACUGCCCCCACCGCCAGGCCGAAGAUCGCAGGCUUCUGUAACUCUUACGGGCAGCCGUGGUCUGUCUAUGAGAUGGGCUGCAUGGACGGCGUCCAGACCUGGAUCACAAAUAACAUCGUCACCAUUGUGGGGAUCAGCCUUGGGAUUGCGCUCUUGGAGCUCUGCCUCAUGACGCUAUCGAUGUUUCUGUGUAGGACCAUCGGGCCCAACUAUGACAAGCUCACUCGCUAUUCCUAGGAGGAGAAUCGCCACUUCCCAGAGUUCCAGACUUUAUAGGGGAAUCCAUCCCUUUAAAUUCAAAACUUUCCGCUUCAGGGCUGCAAGGUGCCUAUGGAGAUUCUCUACCUAACCUUUCCUUGCACAGAGCUAGGAUUGGUUCUACCAUAACCUUGGUAAAAGAAAUUAAACUUUCAGGAGUUGCAGGUGUUGGAAGAAUCCAUUACAAUACCCUGCAGAACUCUUCAUACAGCAAAGCAGAUGAUUUAGCCCUCAAAUCAUCUCCCAAGACCAUAAGCUUAUCCAUUCCGAAAUUUGAUGUAAAAAUGCCAAAAGAUUUAUUCCCGACGUUUUUCUGAUUAUUUUGGCUCUUGAGUGUCAGUUCGUGACAUCCAAGGCUUCAGCGCUGUUUGGCAGAAUAAAGAGUUCACUGCCAGACUCGAAUGGAUUACAAAACAUAACUUGGAAAGCGAAUGUGUGUUUUUGAAGUUUUUGGUUUUUUUUACUACUAAUAACAACCACCAUAACAAUUCUAUUGACUAUUCCGUAAAAUUCCUUAAUAAGCUUGUUUCGGAAUUAAUCCUGCA